GACGGUUUCCGGUCGCGGUGACGUCAUGGACAGGGGUGCGGGAAUGCCGUUGGAAGGAAGGAGCUGAUCCCAGCAGCUGGCCCACUGUGCGGGAAGUUUAAAGAAGUGACGAGAAAAAAAAUGUGUGGACUUUGUCGGUUUGGGCGCUGAGGAAGAAGUGGCACCGGAUGGUUCUGCUGUACCGAUCCUGGCGGCGGUGGCCGCCGGUGUUAGCGUGCCACAUUACUCACACUCCGGCCUGGAUAACGGCCGCACUGAGGGCCCGGUCUUCAAGUUCCAGUGCUGAAAAAAUAGAGGAGAGACAGAAACGCUUAAUGGCACGAGGAAUUCCAAAGCAAAAAAUGAUUCCAGGAGUGAAACAGGUUAUCGUUGUAGCCUCAGGGAAAGGCGGUGUUGGAAAAUCAACAACUGCAGUGAAUUUGGCUUUGGGAAUUGCUGCGAACGAUAUGGUUGUAGGUCUGCUUGAUGCAGAUGUGUAUGGUCCAUCUAUCCCACGUAUGAUGAAUUUAAGAGGAAACCCAGAACUGACAAACAGCAACUUGAUGAGACCCUUAGUCAACUUCGGGAUUGUCUGCAUGUCAAUGGGAUUUUUAGUAGAGGAAGGAGCACCAGUUGUUUGGAGGGGUCUCAUGGUGAUGUCAGCAAUCGAAAGGCUAUUGAGGCAGGUUGACUGGGGUCAACUAGAUUACCUUGUGGUCGACAUGCCUCCUGGCACAGGGGAUGUGCAACUUUCCAUCUCUCAAAACAUUCCAAUUUCAGGUGCAGUUAUUGUUUCUACUCCCCAAGACAUUGCUUUGUUGGAUGCACAAAGAGCAACAGAAAUGUUUCGUAAAGUUAAUGUUCCUGUUCUCGGUAUUGUACAAAACAUGAGUGUCUUCCAGUGUCCCAAGUGCAAAUAUGAGAGUCAUAUCUUUGGAGCUGAUGGAGCAAGGGCGUUGGCAGCAAAACUUGCAUUAGAUGUCCUAGGUGAUAUUCCAUUACACUUAAAGAUAAGGGAAACAUCUGAUAAAGGCCAACCAAUUGUUAUAUCUCAUCCAGACAGUUCAGAGGCCAAGGCCUACUUAAGACUUGCUGCGGAGGUGAUAAAAAGACUGCCAACACCUUGUGUGAGCAGUGGAAAAGUUUAGGUCUACGGCAUUUAGAUCCAUUUCCAAUUUUUUUUUUGUUCAAGUAGGCAAGUUCAAGACUUCUGAAAACAGCUACUAAAACAGAACACGUUUUGAGUAAAAAAUAAUAACCUAAAGAAAACGUAAUGACAUAAAUCUAAUUUUAUAUUUGGUAUCAAGAAAACUAACUGCUCUUUGUCAUGUGAAAUGAGAGAUGUUUAUUGACUGCAAUUAACUUCUAUGUAUCAAUACAACAGUAUACAAGACAAACAGAUACUGAGUAGCGCUGAGAAUAUUUUGAAAAGGUGGGAGAAUUUGGCCAAAAGUUCAGAAGUUGUCCAAAAUGCAAUUUAUAGGGCAAUCAAACAGGGAAAAGUCACUCCAUUCGAGGUUGUAUUUUGAAAGGCAUGGGUGGGGGGGGGAGAGCACAGAGGAUGGGCUGAGUACUGGGGUGGUGAUUGUGGUUGUGGAGGAGGAAGAAAUGGGGGAAAAUGACCUCCAAUAGUAGGGAGGAAAGCAGGCCUAACUGUGUGUUUGAGGGGUGAAGGGACUGCUUCCGAAUUUUUUAUCAAGAGCAUUUAUUGGAAAGUUUUGAAAAGUAGGAGAUCUUCAACAUGCCAUUGAUAUUCAUCCAGCUAUAAAGCACAAAAUCUUGUGUAUUUUUAAGAGUUUAAAUUUAAUUGUGGUCAAGUAUCCAAAUUUUCAACAGAAGUUCUUUAGAAAAUGGUCAUGUUUUAAAGUCAUACAUGUUGGUACGACACAGGUAGUUGAAACUAAAAGCUCGCCAAAUGUCUCAAAGCCACUCAUUAUUGAACUAUCAAGGGAACAAAUACUCAAUAACAUCAAGUAAUUCAAGAAAAAUAUUACGACUAAACUGAUUAUCAAUGUCCUUUCACAAAAUGUCAUUUGACUUUCCUAGAAUAAGGAGUGGAUAUUUGCAUGAUGUGGCAAGAUGGGUUGAUCCCAAUGUGUGAACUGUUUUAAAAACAGUAUGGAAGAUAUAUUUAUCAUAAUCAAUAAAUCAUUUGUAUAUUUAAGUUUAAAAAUUCAAAAUUUAUGUAAAACAUCUUUUGGUACUUGUGUUUUUCCUAUAUUUCUAAAGAAGGAAACGCUAAAACUAUUCCACACAAAUACAGACAGCAAAGUUUUGAUGUAAUUGCAUCAUCUCAUUGAGAGGUUGGUGAGAAUGAGAAAGGAGCUGUUGAAAGCAAAAAGUAGCCCUUGAGAAUGUCUUACAGAGUCCUCAAGCAUGAAUCUUAGUGCACAAUGAUUUAUCUAUUUUCUUUUUGAUAUGUGGACAUAGGAGGUCCAUUGUGCGCACACGUCCAUGAUAUCUGAAACCUGAAGUUAAUUCAUCAGUGGGCCAAUCAGUGUGAACUGAUGCUCUGAGCUACUCUGCUUGGAAGGUACAUUGGUCAUUAAUGAUCUGAUUCACAUUACUGUCCACCCAAUUGGCCCCUUGAGGCAGAGUUGCUAUGGCAACAUGCUUUAAUAUGCAUGUAGGUCUGAAGGUAUGAAGCUUGACGGUGGAGAUGAGCAUUUUUUUUUCCAUCAUAUGUUAGAUGAAAAAUCAGUCCCACUCUUAGUGCGUGCCAGUGCCAUAUUUGCAAAGGAGGUGAUACCUUUGUGAUAAUAGCACCAGGCUAUUAAUAUAGUGUCUACCAUGUAAUGGAGACCCUGGUUCCACAUGCUACCACGGCAGCUAGUGGAAUUUGAAUUCAAUAAAAAUCUGGAUUCAAGAGAAUUGAUGAUGGUCAUUGUGAAAUCAUUGUUGAUUGUCAGGAAAAACGCACCCGGUUCAUGAAUGUCCUUCUGGGAAGGAGACUCCUGUCAUUGCCUUGUGUGGCCGAUAUAUGACUCCAGACUUGGAGCAAUGUCACUGUCUCUUAACUGUCUUUUGGGCAGUUGGGGAUGGAGCAAUAGAUGCUAGCUAAGGCAAUGACACUACAUCCUGUGAGUGAAUGCAAAAAAACAUGUAGAAGUUGACUCUCAACUUGUUUUGAAUACACCUUCCUUCUCUAAAAUCCAGGAGUGUGAUUUGAACCUGGAGCUUCCCCCUCCGUCUGGAAAGUUACCUGUUGUAUGUCAAGACUUUCUAAAUGGUACUCUCUUGUAUUCAAAAUGUUACAGUAAAACAUUUGUGCUGUUGAGUAAUUGACA